UUCAUCACACACAACACUAGUGAAGAUGGAAAACGGUGAAAUCACAACAAGACGAGAAACUCAAAGCCGAUGGAUUCAUACUAGCAGCAAGACCACCCUAAGGUGGAACUCACUUCGAGUAUAUAUCACUCUUAUAGCUUUCCUGACAACUAGAAACCGAGUAAAAAUCCAACGUGAUUAACUUUCCUUCGUAAGAGGAUGGCAAGGAAACGAGAAACAGUCGAGCUUCAGCUAAAGCUACUUUCAUCAAUAAACUCUAGAUGUUCGAGUUGUAAAGUUAUGUUUCUUCCCUCGUAAUCUCGUUUGGUGACUAAGGCGAUGAAGUAGAGCUUAAUGAUAAGAUGCCACACAAUAAUGGCUAACGUUACGCCAUCAGCCGCUCCUUUCCGUCUCCACCAUCAGCCUCAUCGCCUCCCCUUCAUGUUAGAGGGAGUCGAGCAUCAUGUUGUAGGCUGUGAAUGUUCGGCCGGAGAAUGAGACGGAGCGAGAAUAGGCGUUGCUGCUAGCGGCCUUGGGUAAGCAAGGGGAAGGAAGACCCACUCGCGUGUUUGACACCUACUUGCGAGAUUUCAUCGAAGAAAUGCCAAGCUUUAUCAAGGUUUCCCGUCUUGCAGUAUUCGCUAAUCAAGAUACUAUAGGUGUAUAUAUUGUGCUUGAUUCCCAUCUUUGCCAUUGAAUUGAAGAGCAAUAUCCAUCUAUCAAUAUGUUGCAUGUGACAACUCUAGGUGAGACGCCCUUCUCAACCAUGAAAUCAUAUACUACUCCUUGUUUUGCCCUCUCGAUAUCACCCUUCAAAUGAAACCCAUUAAUAAGUGUAGAAUAAAUGACAACAUUCGGACAAAUAUUUUGUUGCAUCAUAGUUUCCAACGCACUCAUCUUCCAUAUUUCCUUCCUUGCAUAAUGCUUUUGGAGUUAAGCCGGGGUGGAGAUGUUCCAUCCGGUACUCCUCCCGUGAAGUCGUUUGCCGAGUCUCUUAGGCAAUCUUCGGGACGUCCCGCAGACGUCCCGGCUCAUGAGUUUACGGUGCUGAAACCCGCAAUGAUGGACGACAGGCCGUGCCUUUCUAUUUCCUCGGCUUUCCGUCAACGGCAAAUCAAAUCCUUUCAGCAUGCUAUUCAUGGGAGGGUUUUCCUUCGCAAAGGCGAUUCGCCGAGAUUUGCGGCGGAUCUUUUUACUGAGCUCUCUAUCCUCUGGAAAACGUCGUCUCCUCCUUGGCAGGUUAUCCCUCUGGGCAAGGGAUAUUUCACUUUGAAGUUCUCGUCACCUGAGGAUUAUGCUUUGGCUUUCGCGAAAUCUGCUUGGCGUCUUCGUGUGGGAAUUCUUUUCCUUCAGGCAUGGACUCCCAACUUCAAUCCGAACAAGAUUGUUUCUUCUACUGCUCAGGUUUGGGUCCGUAUCUUUAAUCUCCCGCAUGAGUUUUGGCAUCCUGAAGUUCUCUCUGGUAUAGCUAGGCAUGUUGGAACUCCUAUUCUUGUUGAUGGCAUGUCUGCUAGGGCUUCGGUUGGUUAUUUUGCUAGGGUGUUAGUUGAGAUGAAUGUGGCCUUGGAUAUCCCUCAGUUUCUUGAUGUUAAAUGUGAUGAUGAUAUUUAUGAAAUUGAGUUUGGUUAUGAGAAUUUGCCAUACUUCUGUUGUCUUUGUUCUGCGAUUGGCCAUGCCACUGAUGACUGCAAACUUUCUUCGGGCAAAGAGCCUGCUUCUCCGACUAAGCAGACAGAACAGGAUAAUAGUUUGCGGGGCAUGAAGCAUCGCAAUAGAUCUCGAAAAUGGAAGAAGACUAGGAACCGUUAUGUUGCGAACCGACAGCGCGCGAAUGAGGUGCCUAGUUCUACUGGGCUGGAUAAUGAUGCGGAGUCUUCGCCUAGACGUGAAUAUGUUACUGCUGGAAAGAAUUCUAUGGAAAAAAGCAAUCGGUUUGAGGUGCUAGAGGGUAGGGAGUUAGAGAAUGGAGACAAUAUGGCAGCACGUAGAGAUGACUCGAUUUCGGGACCAGAUUCUGUACUUGAUCGGCCCAUUGAUGCUCAAGAUAGCAAGGAGGACAUGGCUGUUAUGGAGGUUUCCAACAGCCCCGUGGUUGAGGAGAUCAUUGCAGACGAUCGAGAGGCCGUUAGUUCGGCAGCACGAUCGCAGAGGGAGGACGGAGCCGGGUCGGAGGUCAUUAUGCGGUCUGUUGUGGUUCCGUCCACGGACAUGGCAGAUGAUUCGGCAUCUCGGUUGGUCAUUGAGCCCACACAUUCUGCUCAGGAGGAGUUGGCUAGUCGUAUUAGCAGGUUAGAGGAGCAGGAUAGUCAGGGGAUACAAAUGCUCGUUGACAAUCCUAAGCGUCGACCGGGUCGACCUAAAAAAGGUAUGGAACGUCCGCAAACUCCACUGAAUCCGAUUGACAGUAUAAAAAGUCGGCUCAGGAAUGCAGAUGAUCCAAGAAUGCGGGUCAUGAAUAAGGGCGCUGUUCUUGACACUCCGUCGCCGGUGGAGUUCUUGAAUAAAGUGCACAAUGCUCAGUCUGGAGGAGCGCUUAUGCAAAAUUUUGUGGUUCAUUCUUCUUCUUCAGACGCAGCUCGAGCUAUGUCGACUGUGGUUUCUAAAAGAUGGGGAGAUAUGCUGGAUGACGAAGAAUCUUUUAACGAGGAUGAUUGA